GGCAGAAAUAUACGUGGCGCGCUUGCGCAAUUUAUUCUUCAUCCGGGUAACUUAAGAAUAAAGCCUUUACUCGUGUAAAGGGUAAAGAAAUAAAACAUUCUUUUCAACGAAAUUAAACCAAGGUCCGGUCUAUAAUUACAAAUUUAGGUUUUACUACAAGAUGUUUCUGUGGGACUGGUUCACUGGUGCCCUGGGAUAUUUAGGAUUAUAUCAGAAAUCUGGCAAGUUAGUAUUUCUUGGAUUGGACAAUGCUGGAAAGACAACUCUUCUACACAUGCUUAAAGACGACAGAAUGGCCCAACACGUGCCAACAUUACAUCCAACGUCAGAAGAGCUGUCGAUGGGUGGGAUGAGGUUCACAACGUUUGACUUGGGAGGUCAUAGGCAGGCACGCAGAAUAUGGAAGGAUUACUUCCCAGCCGUCAACGGCAUUGUGUUUAUUAUCGAUUGUGCUGACUUUGAGCGGCUGGCAGAAUCUAAAAAGGAACUUGAUAGUUUGCUUGCUGAUGAGCAACUGAGCUCAUGUCCUGUCCUUAUCCUCGGUAACAAGAUAGACAUACCAGGAGCUGUGGGCGAGGAUUAUAUCCGCCAGAACUUUGGGUUAUUCGGACAGACAACAGGAAAGGGUAGUGUGGCUGCUAAAGAUCUUGCCACCCGACCCAUGGAACUGUUUAUGUGCAGUGUACUCAAGAGAGAAGGAUAUGGAGAAGGAUUCAGAUGGCUGUCCGAGUACAUUUAGUUGCAGCAGCAUUGGAUUUACAAUACCACUAUCAAAACAUUCAAUGAACUUGCAAAUUACAAACACUCAAUACGUAUGGCUUAGUGGAAGCCCUGACAUGUCCAUCACUGCAAUUUAAAGGAGAAGAUGCAGAGAAAUGAAUUAAAAUGUCAUGCCAUGCUAGUCAUGGAUUAGAGGAGAUUUAAUCCCAGAUUUUGUUUCUAAUUUAUGGAUUUAAUUAAUUGGUGUAGACCUCACCUAAUUUUAAACCAGAUUAUUUCUCAAACUAGUUGGGGUCUAUUCGAUGCAAACAUGUACUGUAUAUGGCUUAUUUUAACUCUUACUUGAUUUUAUUUUUGGCUUUCUUCUUGUGCAGCUUUGAUAAUUAAAAAUGCUCUUCUAAUGUUAUAUUUUCUGCCAUAUACAUCUGUGAACAGUUAUUUUAGUAGGAAUUAUAAAUGUACAUUUUAUACUUUAAGUAAAGCUUUAUCAAAUAAUGCAAGUUUUUAUCUGGUCACCACGCCAAAUCCAGGCAAAUUAGAUCAUGCUUGCUGCAUUACUUUGUAGCAAAACAUAACUAGAUUACACUUGCUACAUUACACAGUAACAAGACAUAACUAGAUCACCCUUGUUACAUUACACAGUAACAAGACAUGACUAAGAUCACCAUUGUUACAUUACACAGUAACAAGACAUAACAAGAUCACCCUUGUUACAUUACACAGUAACAAGACAUGACUAAGAUCACCAUUGUUACAUUACACAGUAACAAGACAUAAGAUCACCCUUGUUACAUUACACAGUAACAAGACAUGACUAAGAUCACCCUUGUUACAUUACACAGUAACAAGACAUGACUAAGAUCACCAUUGUUACAUUACACAGUAACAAGACAUAAGAUCACCCUUGUUACAUUACACAGUAACAAGAAAUACAAGUGCCUCCAUCCUGCUUGCUAAAUUACUCAGCAGCAAAGCCAUUUGUAAGAUAUAAAUAAAUCAGAUCAUCAGCCAA